AUGCUGUCCUGGCGGCUGCACACGGGCUCGGAGAAGGCUGAACUACAGGAGCUCAAUGCCAGGCUCUACGACUACGUGUGCCGGGUGCGGGAGCUGGAGCGCGAGAACUUGUUCUUAGAGGAGGAACUGCGCUGCCGGCACGGCCAGGAGGACCUGUGGGCCGAGGGCCAGGCCCGCUUCGCUGAGGAGGCGCGAGCUUUGCGGCAGCAACUGGAUGAGUUGAGCUGGGACAAGGCGCUGGCUGAAGGCGAGCGCGACAUGCUGCGACGCGAGCUGCGGGAGUUGCAGCAGCUGGGCGCUGAGGCGCGCGCUGCCCGCGGCCGCCUGGAUGCCGAGCUGGGCGCUCAGCGGCGCGAGCUACAGGAGGCGCUGGGUGCCCGCGCCGCCCUCGAGGAGCUGUUGGGCCGACUUCAGGCAGAGCGCCGAGGACUCGACGCGGCCCACGAACGCGACGUGCGGGAGCUGCGCGCGCGUGCAGCCAGCCUGACCAUGAGCUAUCGCGCCCGCGCCGGCCCCGCCGCGACCCCGCCGCGCCUGCUGGAGGUGCACGACAGCUACGCACUGCUGGUGGCGGAAUCCUGGCGGGAGACAGUGCAGCUGUACGAGGAUGAGGUGCGAGAGCUGGAGCAGGUGCUGCGGUGCGGCCUGGAGAGCCGUCGGGAGGCGGAGGAGGAGAUGCGGCUGUGCGCACAGGAGGCAGAGGUGCUGCAGCGCGAGGCUCACGAGCUGGAGCAGCUGCGCCUACGGCUGGAAGAAGAGCUGCUGCGGAUGCGAGAGGCUUACGAGCUGCAGGUCGAGGAGCGGCAGAGAGUAAUUGACUGCCUGGAGGAUGAGAAGGCAGCCCUCACCUUGGCCAUGACUGACCGGCUGCGAGACUAUCAGGAACUCAUGCAAGUGAAGACUGGUCUCAGCCUGGAGGUGGCCACCUACCGAGCCUUACUGGAAGGAGAAAGCAAUCCAGAAAUACUGAUCUGGACUGAACAUGUUGAAAGUGUGCCACAAGAAUUCAGAAACACAUCCUAUCAGUACACCAACUCAGUAUUACAGAGGGAAAAUGAAAGAUAUCUAUUUCCAAGGCAGAAACCACCCGCAGUGAGUUUAAAUCACCGCUCAGGGCUGUAUUCUAACCAGUUGGUGCACCUUGGAUCUCAGACAAGUGCAAGUAUUGGAAAUGCUGCCCGAGUUGGCUUCCUAGGCUCAAGAUAUUCAUCCUUGGCCACCACCCAGCAGGAAAAUGCUUAUGAAAAAACUACCAACAAUCAAACCAGUUUCAGAACUUUUUCUCCAACCUAUGGUCUUUCAAGAAAAACUGAGGCGCAAAUGAAAACACUUCCUGAAAGAUCGAAAACUGAAGGUGCAAGUGAUGCCACCAGUUAUAUAGCCAGAGGUUCCACCGUUGCCCAUGAGUCAUACCGAGAACGCCGAGACAACAUGGCGGUGGGUGCUUCUGACAGCACUUGGUCAAAUGAGAGGACUGUCACUUUGGGAAAGAAAACAGAAACGAAAGCCCCAAGGGAACAAGAUAAAAACAUACCAGAAACUGUUAGAACAAAGCAAGAAGAGAAACUGUUUGAUUCUAAAGAGAAGGCUUCUGAGGAAAGAAACUUAAGGUGGGAAGAACUGACAAAGUUAGAUAAAGAAGCAAGACAGAGGGAAAGUCAGCAGAUGUGGGAAAAGUCUAAAGGGAAGGAGUCACUGAAGGAGAAAAAUGUGCAAGCAAGAGAGAUACCAAUUAGUCUAGAAGCAUCCAAGGUUAGUACCCCAGAGGUGUCCCCAGAAGGCUUCCAGACAUUUGUCAAGAAAGAUGGUGUUGGUGGGACAGGUAGGGAGACAGAAACAAGAGAGAUGAAGUUUCAGUUGGACACUGGUGACACCCCCAGCUCUCUGAAAGGUGACUCCAUGACCAAGACCAUUGCAGAAAACAUUGUCUCCAGUAUCCUUAAGCAGUUUACACAGACUCCAGAUACCGAAGCAUCUACCAAUUCUUUUCCAGACACAAAAGUCACUUACAUGGAAAGGAAAGAGCUUCCUGGUGACAGGAAAACAAAGACUGAAAUCAUUGUGGAGUCUAAACUGACUGAGGAUAUUGAUGUUUCUGACGAAGCUGGCCUGGACUACCUUUUAAGCAAGGAUGUGAAGGAAGUGGAGCUGAAAGGAAAAUCUACUGAGCAGAUGAUAGGAGAUAUAAUCAAUCUUGGUCUGAAAGGAAAAGAGGGGAGAGCAAAGGUCGUCAAUGUGGAGAUAAUUGAAGAACCCGUGAGUUACAUAGGAGCAGAGAAGGCAGAGGAGUUCUCUACCCCAUUUGAAGUGGAAGAGGUUGACGAUGUGUCUCCAGGCUCCAAGGGGCUUGUUGAAGAAAAGGAAGGUUAUGGAGAAACGGAUAUCACCUUCUCAAUUAAUCAACCUAAGGGGACCAAGCAGCCCCCUCAGAACAUAACUCAUGUUGAAGAAGUGACAGAGGCAGGUGACUGGGAGAGAGAGCAGAGUUACUUUGUGUCAACUCCAGAUGAACACCUAGGGGGCCAUGACAGAGAUGAAGGCUCAGUAUAUGGGCAGAUCCACAUUGAAGAAGAAUCCACCAUCAAGUACUCAUGGCAAGAUGAAAUUGUACAGGGAACUCGAAGGAGAAGGAAAACAGACGAUGCCUUGGGAGAGAAGGUUGUGAAGCCAUUGGAUGUUCCAGCUUCCUCUCUGGAGGACAGCCUAGAUUAUUCUCACUGGAGAGAACAAGCUAAAAGUGGUGAGAUUCAUGCUGAGCCCACAGUCAUUGAGAAGGAAAUUAAAAUACCACAUGAAUUUCACACAUCCAUUAAGGGAGUCUUUUCCAAGGAGCCCAAACACCAGCUGGGGGAGGUUAUCGGGCAGCUGGAGGAAAGCCUUCCAGAGCGAGUGAGGGAAGAACUGUCUGCCUUUACCCGAGAGGGUACUGGCGAGCCUGGGAGUGUUUCAGUGGAUGUAAAGAAAGUCCAGACCUCUGAUGGUGGUUCCAUGACCUUAGUUGCUGAAGUCAACCUCUCACAGACUAUAGAUGCUGAUCAGUUAGACCUGGAAGAACUAAGCAGAUGUGAAGCCAGUGAAAUAGAGAAAGCUGUGGAGUCAGUGGUCCGAGAGAGUUUGACCAAGCAACAUGGUCAGGUGCCUGGAAGCCCUGACAGGGAAGGUGGAGCAAAGGCCCAAACCACCAGCACUAGCUUCAAGCGUUGGGCCACCAGGGAACUGUACAGCCCCUCCGGUGAGGGGGAUGAUACUAGCCCGGCCUCUCCCAGCACAGAACAGGUCACCUUCCAGGGUCCUGUGUCAGCCACUGUGGAAGUCAGCAGCCCUAGGGGCCUUUCCCAGUCACAGGUGCUGGAGGACAUAAGCCAGUCUGUAAGGCACAUUCAAAUAGGCCCCACUGAAAUUUGGAGGACUGAGCAAGUCUCAUCUGAAGGAUCUACUUCAGAAGUGGUGGAGGUAAGUGGAGAAAGUGACCUUGAUCAGGCAGAGAGCUCAGUGGGAGCCAACUGGUCUGUAAGGCAUCUUAAGCUGGAUCCUAGUCAGAAUCAGAUGUCCCAAGAAGUCGUCUUCCGAGGGCCUGUCCCUGCCCUUCAGGAAGAAGGGGGCACAGAAGAACCGGGCCAGGUUGAGUUUCUUACAGACAUGGGCCAACUGGGGAGACACAUCACGUUUGGUGCCAAACAGUUUCAAGCUAAAAAGGAAAUUAUUUUUCAGGGCUCCAUUCCUGGGGCAGGGAAGGUUGGUGAUUAUUUUCAAACGGAAGAGUCCAUAGGUACCCACACUUCUGUAAGGCACCUCAAGUUAGACCCUGAAGAAGGGUUCAGUGAACAAAUCCAGUUCAAAGCUCCCCUAUUAGAGGAAAUGGAGUCAAGUGUCACAGGAGGUUCUGAACACACCGGCAAGCUGCCUGGUCACAGCACAUACACCAGGCAUGUCCGAAUUGGUCCUCAGAAGCACCAGACCUCUGAGCAGAUAGUUUACCAAGGACCCAUGCCCCAGCCAAUGGGAUUUAGUGACUCAGAAAGCAUUGUCCACAGAGAGGGCUCAGCAGACAUAACCCAUGCCACUCACAGUUAUACCUCAGGAAGAACAAUUCUUAUGACUGAAAAGGGCUUCCAGAGGGCCUCUCCUGAAUCUUCUCUGGAGGAUAGCGUAGGAAGUUUGUCUGGGGCAGAAGUGACAUCAGACAUUAGCAGGUCCGUUAGGCACAUUAAACUAAGUCCUACAGAAGCCAAAACCUCUGAACACAUUGUCUUCCACAGACCCAUUUCCAAAACAUUUGCACCUGCUGGUUCAGUGAGUUCCCCUGAGCUAGAUGAGUUAACAGAUAGCAGCAGGUCACUAAGGGACAUUACACUGGGCCCCAAAGAAACUUCCUUUACCUUUCAGAUGGAUGUGAGUCACGUAGAGGCGAUCCCCAGCUCCGACCGAUGGACACAAGAGACCACGGUCUGCUUCCCUGCAGGGAAGGAAGAGGCAGCUCCCGGCAUGUCUGAUGGUGGUGCCUUGAGAGGUGUUGAUAGUAGGAAGGACCAGGCAGAAGGCAGGAGCUUUCAGGCCUCUGUUGGUGAUGGAAAUCAGGCCCUUGGGCCAAAGGGCAAGGAGCAGGCUGCCUUUGAUAAGACAGUGCAGCUACAAAGGAUGGUUGACCAGAGGUCAGUGGUUUCUGAUGAAAAAAAGGUUGCCCUGCUCUAUCUAGACAAUGAAGAAGAGGAGACUGAUGGGCACUGGUUUUGA